AGCUGAGAGCUGGGUGACCAUGGACAGCUGCGAGGUCUCCACUUGAUCAGGAGCUGAGCUGUGGAAGACCAGAGCUGAGCUUUGCAAUUUGGGAUAAGGCCAGGUUGUUUCUGGCUGCCUCAGUGCCAGCGGUGUGAGCGGUGUGAGCCAUCCCUUGUCCCCAUCCUGCCACCACCACCAGCGGGGUCAGAGGACAGCAUGCAAACAGCUCUGAGCAUCGCUGUCGUGUACGCCCUGCUGACCCCGACACUGGGCCAGCCACCAACAGAUGCCGUCCUGAGGCUCAAUAAGGGUGUUCUGAGCGACGCUCUUGCAGGUUCCCUGCGGCAAGGCAGCGCCCUCCGUGGUGCCCUCGGCGAGGUGCCCCUUGGCAGCGGAGCGCCCGGCGUGGACGGCAGCGGCGGACUUGGAGAGGGUCUCCUCGGUGGCGGUGGCCUGCUGGGUGGUCUCACCGGUGGUCUGCUGGGCGGUGGUGGUGGGGGACUGCUGGGGGGGCUGACUGGUGGCCUGCUGGGUGCGGGUGGUGGUGCUGGUGGUGGCUUGCUGGGCGGAGGUGGGGAGGCUGGAGGCGGUCUGCUCGGUGGCAAUGCUGGUGGGGGUCUUCGUGGAGAUGCUUAUGGGGCAGCCCCCAGAAACGGCCUCCCUCCCAGGGGCUGGCCUGCAGCUGCUGGUGACAUCCCCAGGGGUGGCAUCCCCCCGGGGGUCUCUGGAGGAGCGCUGGGCGAUGGAGGUCUCCAAGGCACGGCGGGGACCCUCGGUGGCCCCGGUGGCCUUCUCGGCAGAGGAGGGCUCCUGGGCAGCGGAGGGCUGCUGGGAGGCGGCGGGCUGCUCGGCGUCCUGGGGGAAGGAGGCUUGCUCAGCACAGUCCAGGGGCUCACCGGGCUGAGGAUCGUGGACCUGACGCUCCCCAGGGUGUCCCUACGGCUCCUGCCUGGCAUCGGCGUCCACCUGAACCUCUACACCCGGGUGGCCCUCAAUGGCAAAAGCCUCCUGGGUCUGCUGGACAUCGCAGUGGAAGUGAACAUCACAUCCAGGGUCAGGCUGACCAUGGACGGCACCGGCUAUCCCAGGCUGGUGAUAGAGAAGUGCGACACGCUCCUCGGGGGCAUUAAAGUCAGACUGCUGAGAGGCCUGCUCCCAGUUGUGGAUAAUUUAUUGGCCAGUGUCCUGAACAGGCUUCUUCCUAAUCUGCUCUGCCCAGUCCUUGAUGUUGCCCUGGGCCUCGUCAGCGACCAGCUGGGGUUCGUCAACUCACUGGUGCCGCUGGGUUUGCUGGGCAGUAUCCAGUACACCGUGUCCAGCCUCCCCCUGGUGACCGGCCAGUUCCUUGAAGUAGACCUGAAUACUGUUGUUGGGCGAGCAGCAGGAGGCCUGGUUGACUUCCCGCUGGGAAGAACAGAAAGUGUCCCCGCACCUCCGAGGGUCCCCAUGCCACCCCUGCCACCGAUGCCGGACACCAGCUCCUCCCAGCUGGGCCUUUCCGUCAAUUUCCUCCGGUCGGUGCUGUCUGCCCUGCAGAAGGAAGGCGCCCUGGACCUGGACAUCGCCAACGGCAUGUUCCCUGAGCUCCCACCGCUGACGACAUCGACGCUGGGAGCCCUGGUUCCUGCGGUUUUCAAGGCGUACCCCGAGCCACACGAAUUGCUGCUGAAAAUUGCAGUCCCCGAAGCACCUGUGGUGACCCUAAAGAAAAACAAAGCCACGAUCCAGCUCAAGGCUACAGCAGAGGUGGUGGUCAUCCACCAUGACGACGUCCAGAAGUUCCUCUGCCUUCUGAAUAUCGACGCCUCCCUGCUGGCCCAGUUCUCUGUUGAGGGCAACAAACUGAAGAUCAGCGCCAGCCUUGAGAAGACUGAUCUCUUCUUGGAGUCUUCAUCUGUCGGUGACUUUGAUAUCUCGCUGCUGGAGAUGCUCGUUGACAAGAUUUUCGAUGGCUUCCUGCCUGCACUGAACAGCGUGCUGGGCAGGGGGGUCCCGCUCCCACGGCUGCUGAACAUCGACUUCACCAACGCCGACAUCAAUGUCAUCGAGGAUCUCCUCGUGCUGUCGGCGUGAGCCCGUGGAUGCAGCGGGACCUGCGGUUUUCCACGUCCACCACCUGAGAGGUGGGAAGCCCAGCCUGCUCGAAGCUGCCCCACGAUGUUUCACGCUGUGCCUGGAAGAGCAAAACAGCAGCUCGGUCUUUUCCACAAAAAUGUUGCAUCCUCCCUAUGUUGCUUUGAACACAAAAGAAAGCAAGGGUGUUUUUUGCCUCUGAUUGUUGCAUUUUGCACUUUUCUUUUCGCUGAUGCUCAGGCACCCGUCUGCUGGCAAGAAUUACAUUAGAGCAAGAU